AUGUCGUCGGCGCCUUCGCCGUCGCCCGCGGGGGCCGCCGCCAUCUCCGCGUCCGAGAAGGUGGACGGCUUCACGCGGAGGUCGGUGCGCCGCGCCCAGCGGCAGAAGCGCUCGCAGAGUUCGUCGCAGUUCCGCGGCCAGGCCCGGCCGGCCGAGCUGCUGCCGCUGCCGCAGCUCAAAGAUGCCACUUCAAAUGAACAGCCCGAGCUCUUCUGUCAGAAGCUGCAACAGUGCUGCGUACUGUUUGAUUUCAUGGACUCAGUUUCAGACUUGAAGAGCAAAGAAAUUAAAAGAGCGACACUGAACGAACUGGUUGAGUAUGUUUCAACUAAUCGUGGUGUAAUUGUUGAAUCAGCGUAUACUGAUAUAGUAAAAAUGAUCAGUGCUAACAUCUUCCGUACUCUUCCUCCGAGUGACAAUCCAGAUUUUGACCCAGAAGAGGAUGAGCCCACACUUGAGGCCUCUUGGCCUCACAUACAGUUGGUGUAUGAAUUCUUCUUAAGAUUUUUGGAAAGCCCCGAUUUCCAGCCUAGCAUUGCAAAGCGAUACAUUGAUCAGAAAUUUGUACAACAGCUUCUGGAGCUUUUUGAUAGUGAAGACCCCCGAGAACGAGAUUUCCUGAAGACUGUCCUGCAUAGAAUCUAUGGGAAAUUCCUUGGGUUAAGAGCGUUCAUCCGGAAACAGAUUAACAACAUUUUUCUCAGGUUUAUAUAUGAAACAGAGCACUUCAAUGGUGUUGCUGAACUCCUUGAAAUAUUAGGAAGUAUCAUCAAUGGCUUUGCGUUGCCCCUGAAGGCUGAACACAAGCAGUUUCUCAUGAAGGUUCUCAUCCCCAUGCACACUGCCAAAGGGCUGGCUCUGUUCCAUGCACAGCUAGCCUACUGUGUGGUACAGUUCCUGGAGAAAGACACAACGCUAACAGAACCUGUGAUCAGAGGAUUGCUGAAAUUUUGGCCCAAAACAUGCAGUCAGAAAGAGGUGAUGUUUUUAGGGGAGAUUGAGGAGAUUUUAGAUGUCAUUGAGCCAACACAGUUCAAAAAAAUUGAAGAGCCGCUCUUUAAGCAGAUGUCCAGGUGCGUGUCCAGCCCGCACUUUCAGGUGGCAGAAAGGGCGCUGUACUUCUGGAAUAAUGAGUAUAUCCUUAGUUUGAUUGAAGAGAAUAUAGAUAAGAUUCUACCAAUCAUGUUUGGCAGUUUGUACAAAAUCUCCAAAGAACACUGGAAUCAGACUAUUGUGGCGCUGGUGUACAAUGUGCUGAAAACUCUGAUGGAGAUGAAUGGCAAGCUCUUCGAUGACCUCACAAACUCCUACAAAGCUGAAAGGCAGAGAGAGAAAAAGAAGGAAUUGGAACGUGAAGAAUUAUGGAAAAAAUUAGAGGAUUUAAAGCUCAAGAAAGUGCUGGAAAUGCACAAUAGCACAUAUGACCUGGACAGGAGCAGUGCUUUGGAGACAUGUAGCAGUCUCAGCAGUACACAAACCAAAUAAAGCCUCUGCCCUGUGGGGGAUGUUUUAUACAUGUUUUUGAAAUAUGUAAAAAUUAUGAAACUUCAGUAUAAUUAAAAAGCCAAUAUUUCCUCUGGCAACUGUCACUGCAGUGUGUCACAGCCACAGUAUGCUGUCCCUUCUGUGCAGUUAUUGAGUCUGUCACCUCUGAAGCCCACAGACAUGAAUUUCUUACAGACGCCCAGUGAGGUGAUUACGGCUGUGCACGCGUGAUCCCAUGAGGUGAUUACGGCUGUGCACAUAUGAUCCCAGAGUAUCUGCUCCGUGUGCCUCCCACCGAGUGUCUUCCACACUGCGGCAGCCUUAGUUGCAGCCCAGGAAAGGGGGUUUCCAAAAUUGGGACUAAGGGGUGAGCCUGGUCCCUCUCCCCCCUUUAUUGGUGAUAUUAACUUACUCUGGAAUUUGAGCAAAAGACUUAAAUAUCCAGGCUUUUUAAAGCACAAAAUAGAAAUAAAACUGGGAAAGUAAACCAAAUUCUCACUGUUCUCCCUUCCUCUGCGACUCUUGGGGGAAGCUUAUGGCAGCCCUCACCUUCCUCUCCAAGCCCCCUGACAGCUCCUUUACUGCCUAGCUUCACGCUCAGGAACACAAGUCGCUUCCUCCCUGCACCCACGGCGGUUGGAAAGGGCUUGUCUGUCUCUCCCCACCCUAUUCUCAAGAGACCAUUCCACUCUUUCACCUUGCAGUCAUGUGUACUGUUUUGUAAUGAAAGAUCUUCAUUGCGGGACUGAGCAGCGUUUAAUAAAGUAUAUGUUUAUAUUUUGCCUUA